GAACAUCAACGAGGUGUUCCGAGUACUAGUAAUGGCAGUCAGCUGACAAGUGCGUGUUCAUGUCCAAUAAUACAAAGCUAACACGUUGCUUACUAUCUGGAAUGUUUGGCUUCCUGUAACCUUUCAUCAUGUGGCUGAAGCCAGAAGAAAUUCUGCUGGCAAAUGCUCUCUGGGUGACUGAAAGAGCCAAUCCUUUUUUCAUCCUGCAGAGAAGAAAGGGAUAUGGGGGAGGAGGGUUGACCGGUCUCUUGGUUGGCACGCUGGACACUGUCCUAGACAGCAAAACACCUCCAUACAGAAUUCUUCACCAACCAAAUGGAUCCGAUGUCAGCUACACUGUGGCAGUGGCUAACAACAAAAAGGAGAUCCAUAAAGAUUGGGAAUGGCUAGAACAGCAUUUGAUGGAAACUCUAGGUGCAUUUGAGUCUAAUGAGGACUCAACAGAGUUUAUCAGAUGUAAAAUAGAAAGUCUGCUAGCCAAUGAAGUGAAGCUGAAGGGAGAAGACGACGAUGAAACCAAGAGAUAUAAAAAUGCAACCAGGAAGUUUAUGAAACUUUUUAACAUGCCCAAGGAGGAAAAGCUAGUCAAUUACUACUCUUGCAGUUACUGGAAGAGUCGUGUGCCACGCCAGGGAUGGAUGUAUCUAAGUGUGAACCAUCUGUGUUUCUACUCCUUUCUGUUGGGACGUGAGGACAAGGUCAUCAUUCGCUGGACAGACAUACUGAAAUUAGAUAUCGGUAACAAUGUGUUGUUUCCCGAUAGCCUGGUGGUGAAGACAAGAGAAGGGGAGUACUACUUUUCUAUGCUUCUACAAAGUGGGGAGACAUUCCGAUUGAUGGAACAGCUGGCUAAUAUGGCUAUGAAGCAGUUGAUGCAGGAGGGUGGCUUUGAGGAAGACAAGACUAUUGUAGACAGAACAAAAAAAAAGACAUCGAAGAAGAUGUCGUCUAUUAAGAGAGAUUUGGAUGCCAGAGCUAGGAGUGAUGCCUUCAGGUUGGCAUUCCGUUUGCCGCUGGUAGAAAAACUGGAUGGGGAUACUGACUGUAUGUUGUGGACGCCGUAUAACAAACAGAAUGUUUGGGGUAGACUCUACCUGUCUCAGAACUACAUCUGUUUUGCUAGCAGGGUGCGUGAUCUGGUCAGUAUUGUCAUGCCAACACGCGAGAUUCAAUUGGUGGAAAAGGUAGACAACUCUGCAUCGGCUGACAUCAACCAGAAAGGCCUUAUCAUCACCACCAAGGGCAAGCUGAAUUUAAUGUUUACACAACUUGGAGAUCGAGAUUUCAUCUUGGAGAAGAUUUCUGAUUUCUUGGCGAAGCAGCAGCAUGGUACCAGUGAAAGUUUAUCGAAGCCCAGAACGAAGUCAGAAGAAGCCAUCUCCACUGAGUCGACAGAGAAAUCUGGCUCAAGUUUUGAGUUGCAGCCAGCCCUGGUCAGUCUCUUCUGUCGACGUGACUCGGACGAGCUGUCGUCUAGGGAAAUGGUCAAGGAGCACCUCUGGAACAUCCACUUUAAUGAAUAUGGCAGAGGAGUGUGUAUGUACCGGACAGUGUCGUCAUUAGAUCUUAUACUGAAAGGCCUCCCAGAGAAGUACCGUGGUGAGGUGUGGAUGCUAUUCUCAGGAGCCAUCAACGAGAAAGCAUGUCACCCCGGUUACUACAGAAGAGUGGUGGAGGAGAGCUCUGGUAAAUACACAUUGGCUACAGAUGAAAUUGAAAGAGAUUUGCACAGGUCAUUACCAGAACACCCAGCAUUCCAGUCGGACCUUGGGAUCGGGGCUCUCAGAAGGGUACUAACAGCCUAUGCCUGGAGAAACCCUACUAUAGGCUACUGUCAGGCGAUGAACAUUGUGACCAGCGUGUUGCUACUUUACACUGACGAGGAGGAGGCCUUCUGGCUUCUGACUGCGAUAUGUGAGAGACUACUGCCUGACUACUACAAUACCAAAGUGGUGGGGGCUCUCAUAGACCAGAGUGUCUUUGAGGAGCUGAUUAAGGAUAAUCUGCCAAGCCUGUACCAGAAGUUGGAGACCCUGGGACUACUCAGUAUGAUUUCCCUGUCCUGGUUCCUAACUAUAUUUCUGAGUGUAAUGCCUUUCAGCUGUGCAGUUAACAUAAUAGACUGCUUCUUCUACGACGGUGCUCGAGUGAUCUUUCAAGUAGCGCUGACUAUACUCGACACCAAAAAAGUGGAGUUACUGGCGGCCAGGGACGAUGGUGAAGCAAUGACCAUCCUCGGAGCUUACCUGGAGAAUAUAUCCAACCGCGACUCAACCAUGCCAAACAUCAUCCACACCAACAUGCUCUGUACGAACGGCGUCAAGAAGGAACCCUCUGUUGAUGUCAGUGAGCUUAUCGACGAGAGUUAUCGCAACUUCGGCCACCUCAAUAACCAGGAUAUUGAUAAACUCCGACUCAAGUACCGUUUGCAGGUUGUACAGAAUAUUGAAGACCAUACCAAGAAAAAUGUCCUGCGGAGUGUUGCCUCACAUACCUUAUUUAAGGGCAAGGAACUGGAGGACCUGUUCAUCCUGUUCAAGGAGGAGUACCUGACAUCUUGUUAUUGGAGAACCAGCCAGCAGCCUGUAGAUACUCCAGACAAGUAUGACCCUUCACGGCCUUACUAUGAACUCUACAAGGUGGAUUUUGAUCAGUUCAAGACCAUGUUCCUCUCACUAGCACCUUGGGCAACGGGAUCACAUGGACAUGUGCUGGCUCUUAGGGCCUUCAGGUAUCUCGAUGAGAAUGGAGACAACAUGAUCAACUUUAAGGAGUUUGUACACCUGUUGGGGGUGAUCUGCCACGGGGACCUAACCCACAGGGUAAAGCUACUGUACCAGUGCCAUCAACCCCCAGCUCUACUGCCAUUGGAUGACCUAGACAAUUCGGACAUACCCACCUCUCCAAAGGCAGAGUCGACAGAAAGUGCAGUGGAGGCCACAGACUUCUUUGACAGCGGAGAUGCGUUACAAGACGAGAUUGAGUUACCAGGAGAUCCAUCACCACCCCCUCUGGAGGAGGUAGUGCAAAAUCGACCUACAGAUGUGAAGCAGGAGAGGGGAGACCCCUCACUAACCCCAGAGGUGGUGGAGAAUCUACCCACAGACAAGGACCAAGAAGGGGGAGACGUUGCAUCCAGGGACCUAAAUAAUUCUCAAAGUAUCUCAAGCGAGGCUAAAGAGGCUGAAACUGCAAAGGAACAGGGACCAGCCUCCAGCAAAGAGGAGGAGGUGGAGUCUGAUAACAGACAGGCUGAUUUGACCAAUGAAAAGGCAGAGUCGAACGAUGGACAAGGUACAACUUUAGAGGCAGAGAACAUCGAAGGAGGGGCCACAGCCCAGACAGAAUCAGUUGGUACACCCUCUCCUGAUGAACAGAGCGAGACUUCUGAAAGCAGCUCUUCAACAAAAGUGUCGGAUAUAGGUGAUAGUCUAAGAAAAAUGUACCAGAAACGGCAAGAACUGAAGAAGAAGGACAGCAAAGCUGACUUCAAGGACGUUCCACGACUGACACAGGUGCAGUUCAUUCAGCUUUGGAAGACCCUGUACGACAUGUUUAGUGAUAAGAGUGAGGAGCAGGAUCUGUACCACUCCAUUGCCACAGUCGGAACACUACUGCUAGAACUGGGGGAGGUCGGCAAGAAAUUCUACCUCAAGAAAUCCUCUCCAUCAGAAAGCUCUGUCACGGACACUCCUCUUUCCUGUAGUGCAGAUAGUGGCAUGGAUAUUGACCGUCUUGCACAGAACAUUCAGCGGACACGCCUAGACACAGACAAAUCCGGGGAGGACACUCUAGGAGAGAAUGAAAAUGAUAUGACCUCAGGAGUUGAAUCUGUGUCAGCCUCGGAGAACACGGAAGAUACUUCAACAGGCGACUCUUCCAAGACCACAGCAGACAUCUCUUCAGAUUCUAAUCAGUCAUUUUCUAAACCAGAUUCUGAUUGGUCAAUAUCAUUCGAACAGUUUAUAGCUUCUAUGUUAACAGAGCCCCCAUUGGUUGAAUUCUUUGAGAAACAGACAGAUGUGACUGAGGCAGUUGCUAAAAUGAGAAAUCGGAGGUUGAUGAAGAGACAGCUAAGUGUUUUUCCAGAAGAGAAAAAGAAAUGACUUAUAUCGGAUAAAGCGUGAUAUCUAUAGGACACAAAAGGCAGGUUUUUAGGCAACUGGGGACGAUCAUCAUAUGUGUACAUAGCUAGCUUUAUCCAGGACAUUAGUAAUUCUUGUACUCUUUGUUUGAUAUAUUGUACUAUAUGUAAAGUUUCAUUAUUGAAAUGACAGCUGAGAUUUAAAACAAAUAUUUAUUUUACUUUUAUUUAAUAAUCUGUGAAUUGAACAUCUCUUUUUGUAUGUAAAACAAACACAGGCAUUCUUUGCAUUCUUUAUAUAUCUGUCUUUUUAGCUGAAAAAACCCUUCGUCAAUAGUUGGUCGUCAUCCGUCCUUAGGCAGUUCUUGUUAUCGCUGUUUCUCAGAAAGUACAGGAGGAAUUUUUCUCUAAUUUUAUAUUAAGGUUCCCCUUGGUCUGUAGUUGUACAUAUUUACUUUUGAGUCUGAUCACCUAAACAAAAUGGCCGACAGGUGACC